AUGUUUUUCUAUAUUUUUACGUUUUCUGUUCUCAUUCUUUCUGCUUUCUUUUCCUUCGUUUUCCUGAAGAUUAGACGAAGCAAAUUAACAAAGAAUGUGUGUAUCGUGGUGCUUGGUGAUGUAGGACGAAGCCCAAGAAUGCAGAAUCACACGUUGUGUUGUGUGAAGGCGGGAUUGAACGUCCAUCUCGUUGGGUUUGGAGGAUCCAAACUCAUAACUGAACUGCAAGACCAUAGGAAUGUCUCGCUGGUCAUCUUAGGAGAUUUUCCAAAGUCACUCACAAGACUACCAAGAAUGCUUUACUAUGGAGUCAAGGCUGUUUAUCAGUUUUGUCAGUUAUUUAUAGUAUUAUUCAGCUGUGCAUUGAAUAGCUCACAUCUCAUUGUUCAAAACCCUCCGGCAAUCCCUACUUUGGCUGUUGCCUGGGUUACAUGCAUACUUUGCAACUGCAAGUUAGUCAUUGACUGGCAUAACUACGGAUACACUAUCCUAGCAUUAGGUCUUCGCAACCCACAACACAUGCUACUCAAAAUAGCAAAAUGGUAUGAACAUGGGUUUGGUAGAUUGUCAUCUUAUAACUUUUGUGUAACACAAGCCAUGAAGGAAGACUUACUGCAGAACUGGCAGAUUAGAGCUGACACGCUAUACGACCGUCCUCCAGAAAGAUUCCAAACAGCUGAUAUUGAAACAAAACACAAUUUAUUUCUAAAGCUCUGCAAGGAUUAUCCCUGUUUUGGACAAACACAAAGGCUUCCUGAAUUUGCCACCAAAGUUGUUGAAGAAGUCACAGCAUUUACAGUGAAGAAUUCCAAAGGGAUGGUUUAUAAUCGAGAUGAUCGACCAGCUCUCCUUGUAAGCAGUACUAGUUGGACAGAGGAUGAAGAUUUCUCAGUUUUAUUGGAAGCAUUGGAAGAUUAUGAAGAAAGUGCUUCAAAAGAAAGCUCAGGUUUUCCGAAGAUAGUGUGUGCAAUAACAG